AUGCAGCUUCACAUUUGUCGUCAAGUUCCUACUCAUAAUUUACCUUUUUGUUUUUCUUAACCUUUUAUUUACACUGACUUCGUGAUGGAUGCUCCGAUAAGUCACUUGUGCACUAGCUGAAUUAGCUAGCUACGUACGCACACUUACACAAGGUUAAGUUAAGCUCGCGCUUGUCGGCAGCUUCUGGCUAUGAAGUAGGACAGAAACAAAAAACAGCAAGUAAAGACAGUUACAUUUUUUUUAUAAAAGAUUACUUUGAGGAAAAAGUAGCUAUGUAACAGGUUAUAUAAAUUACAGAACUAGCGCAUGACCCUUACCUCGUACUGCUAAAGAGUAAUCUAAAUACCCUUGCAAAUUACUUUCAGCGUUUCAGUCACCAAGUCAGAAAAAAAGCAAAAUCAGAGGCCUGAAGCAAGAUGGCUACAUCUACGAAAGUUAUUUUAGCGCUUGUCUUAUAUUCGGACGAGGCAAGCGCUAAAAUAUUUGUAGAUUUUGCUUUUUUCCGACUUCUGAAACUGAAACGCUGGUAACUUGUGUGUUACGUCAUUUUCAGUUCAGACUUCUGACUCAGUGUAAUGCUUAACAUUAUUGCCACACAACUUCGACACAAGAAUUCACGCUAGCUAGCCUAAAUGAUCGGCUAUUUAGUAACAACAUGCUAGCGUAGUGGUAACAGCUCGUUUUCUACUGCCCCCCAGAGGCUAAAAAUCCCUCAACAUUGUAUGUUAGGGGGUUUUGACUAAAGGAGUUUGCUUUCGUUGAUGUAAAUGAAGUCUUACGUGUCUUGGCGUGUGAGUUUUUGUUUUUGUCAGUUGCUUAGAAACGUUGAAAACCACCUGCGCUAACCUUAAGUUUCCAAAGCCGUACUAAUGUGGAUUUAAUCUUCAUCACGGCCCGCUGUUCUCGACAUAUCUACCCCCUAAAAACAUAUUAAAGUCCUCGUACUCAGCACAUUCCUCUUUUAGUACGUCGUGAUUUAUGAUGUGUGAUGAGAGUGGGCUGUUAUUCACAGUCGGCUUAUCACACCUGAGUCUCCCGCGGAUGAAUGUCCAAGCUGUGCGUCCAAAAAUCUCCCUGGAGCUCCGAGUUUAAUGUUUUCUUUUUUUAAUAUGUGGGCCACCCCGGGCUGGAGCUCAUGGUUCACACCUUCAGAUUUAUGGCACCUGGAGUGAAACCCCACACACAGGCUGAUAGAUAACGCUGAAAUAUCACCCAGGAGAGUGUUUGUUAAACCGUACCUGUUUUUAGGGCCUUUUUCUGAAGGCUUUUCGGAUGAUUCGAAGCAGGGAGGUGGGAGUCGAAACCACAUCCUCGGCUAAUUACAGGCCCCUGAUCUCGUCAGCUGUCACCGCCACACUCUUUUUACAUGUCAAUGACAGCCGAAUGGGACCUCAUAUCCUUCCUGCGGCUCGUACAAUGCUCUUAUUGAAAAGACUGAAACCCGAAAAAGAGAGAAAAAGCGAAGGAUGCCACUCCUCAUCCCAGCUGGCGUCGCCUCAAUGGCAGAGGGCAUGGAGUCUUGUCCGUGAAAUAGCAAACCACUCCUCAGAUCCUCCCCCUCCAUCCCUCACCUCUGCUCUGGCCGUCUUCAUCAUCGCCUCGGCCUAAUCCGGGCACGUUCACAGGGGGACGCCGCCUCCCCGGCUUCUUUUGUGUUCCCUCCGAUGGGUGAAAAAGAGGAGGGUAAGAAGGGGAGCGCCGGGGUGGAGGUGACGGCUGUGGCGGCUGUGGUUGCACGGGUUUGCUUUUGCAGUCCGGGGGGAAAGAGGAGGCCAGCUUGGCGGAAAGCCUGACCGUGGCGCUGCAUACAAACACGGGGCGAAAACACAAGGCCUAUUUGUUCGACUCCAGCGUCCUCUUACCUCAGGGAAAGAGGGAAAAUUGUAUAAGACAGCUAUAAGAUACCGUCUGCUCUCUACUUCCUCAGGACAGACAUCGAUUCUGCAAAGUAGUCUGUGGGACGAGACAAAUGGAACGGCGUGUGCGUCAGGAAAUCAUCCUCCAUAAUUCAAUGAAAUUUAGUCAAUUUGUACAGGAAAGGUUUGGCCGCGUGCCUGCUCCUGUUUGCUGCUCUAAAAAAAGCCUUUUGAUUAAAUAUAAAAACCUAUCAGACGUCACGUGAGUCUAGAGGACAGAGACCGCAAUUUAUCAGCGCCAUAUAUCUGUAGAAGGGCUGACAAAGUCAAAGCUGGUAACGUCUCUUAGCGUUUCUUCUACCUCAGGUCUAUCUCAAUCUCCUCAGCUGGAUCUCCUGUGGAUUUAGAGGAGCUGGCAUCAGCACGAACUCCUUCAUCUCUUUCCUAUUUGUGGAAGAUGAAGUCUUUACCGUGUGUACUGGGCCGGCCUCUCUGGAGUCCAUGCUAACACGCACAUUAAGAUGCUUUCUGGGGCGUCUGAUGCGAGAGGGGACAUCGUUCGGUUCCCAGUGCAGCAGCAAAUUACACUGGAGUGGCGUUCCUACAUGUGGAAAAACCACUUUCUGUUUCAUGGAAAUAUCCACAUGGGGAACCGGAGUCGCUGGUGGAAAAUUUCUCAUCAGAUUCAAAACGUUUUCCAAAAUUUCAUUAUGUAAAUGAGCCCUCCACCGCAUUAUUUUCUGUUCGUGACUCCGUGGCAGAGGUCGGGUUUGUUGUUCUUCAUAAAUUUCCAUUUAUGUUCUUUCAUCAGAACCUGCGGGAUCGUCUGGCGUUUACAUCUGUUGGUCCAAACGUCCCAGUGACGGGAGACAACGCACGCCGGAGGGAUUUCCGUGAGGCAGGUACACCAAAGGAGCCGUAAGUCCUGCAGUAAGAUGAUUGCUUUACGGCCGCUCUGGUCAACGUGAGCGCGCUAAAACAGAUAUUUGGAAAUAGGAAAGAGAUGUCAGUUCAUCUCUGCAGCUUGUAGAUUUCAUUUGAGACGCAUUAGAGUUAGCUAACUCUGUGAAAGUGUGGGUGUAAAGCGGCCUCGACUUAAUGCCAGUGCAGAAAAAUUGAGGUUUUAAGUUUUGUCCCCGACCAUGGUGGCACCAAAAGCUCUACAGCUCCUCAAGUGCGUCCUAAACGCUCUGUCCUGUCUCCUACCGCUGCAGAAUAUAAACAGCCUCCCUCUCUCUCAAUCGUCUCCUCAGGGCGCCGACCUGUGACAUGAAAGAGCUGAACCUCUCGCUCUGAAUGGAUCCGGAUUCGCCCCAAGUCAAGAGGCGCGUUCGAGGGUCAUUACCUCCCUGCUGCGGUCCCGAGGUGAGACCAUAUGUGGAGACGGAUGAAUGUGGACCAGAGUGGGGAUGAGGGGACCGAGUAUUCUUGGACUGUUGUGGUCACCGUUGUGCAAAUAUACAUUUUUAUAGAUUCGUGCCCAAAAACCGAGAUGGACGGGUUUGUUGUCACGCCAAACUGAUAAGCUAAACAACCAUCUAUGGUCCUCUCGUCAUGAAUGUGGCUAUUUUUGAGAACUCUGGGGGUUUUCUUUGGGUUUUGGCUUCACCGCCACAUGUCAACAGAGUUUUAUGUCACUGGAAACAAAGUUUUUGAAAAUAUCUUCCCAAGCUGGAGGUCUUUUGAAAACUCUGCUUCGUCUGUAUUCGUGUGGACGGCGGGAAUGAAAGUUUGCAGAAAUGCUGACGUUUGCAGAUGACUGUUGUUGCACGCACCAAGACGGCGGGUCACCAAUUUGUUUACAUUUGCUUAGGUCUGUUUUCAAGGAAGCCGAGCUUUACUGAAUCAUUACUCCAUGGUGUUUGGGUGGAUUAAUAUUUCCUGCACUCAAACUAAAAGUGUUCUGCGCAAACGAAACGUUGCUAGGCAGCUGGGAACAGCUUCAACAGACGAAGACAGGACGUAAAAAGUGACGAAACUUUUCUAACAAUCGGCGCAGAGCUGUAAAAUUUUUACUGCGGCGAUUUUCUCUGUCCACCAAUUCCUACCGGAUCCAUUAGUGAGGCGAAUCUCAUGGCGGAUUACAGACAGCAGGAAUCGCGAGAAUUCAGAACCCACAGAUUUAGGUGCAAUCGCGUGAUAAUGAGUUGUCUCUUUAAAGACAGACACAUAGACAUAUAAGCAGUAGAUUGUGUCCUUCCAGAGGAGGAAAUCUACUUCUAGACUUCUAGAAUCAGCAUCUCCUCAUCCAUGGUGUCAUCGGGGUGAAAUGACGUCGAAAAACCUUUCACUUGUUCGUCUCCGCCCGUUUGUGUGUUUUUAUGUGUUUUAUUUUGAAAAGAAGCCGGAUGUUUUAUUUUGUGUCUGUGCCCGACUUCCUUUCCAGCACGGGUUAAUCUGUGCUGAAUUUAUCCGCCAUGCUCUGGCGUCCGGAAAAAAUAGAACUUUGGGAUCGGCGGAUAUGGCCUUUUCGUUGCCGUUCCGGAUGCGGUGGAAAUUGGGGGUUAGAAGAAGCGAUUGUACUUUCUUGUCAUGUGCGAGACAGCCAAUCGAGCUUUAACCGUAGCCCAACUGUGACAUGUAAACAGAACAUUUAGCCAAUCAGAUAGUGUUGUGGGCGGGACAUUAGAUGGAAGACAGACCGUUUAGCUCGUGCGUCAUGCUUGCUUGAGUGUUUUUAACUGUUAACAUGCGUUUACUACUGCUGCCAUGGCUCUUUUCUGUUCCUUUGUCUUUGGUUGGCCCGCCUUCUGAUCGGUUAUUGUUUUGUUCCAUGUGAGUGAAUGUCCCAGAGGAGCUUGACGAAUCAUGUUAAAGUUGUGGUGGUUCCAAACGUCCUCCGCACAGAUCUGAGGUCAGAAAAGUCACUUUAGACGAUACUCUCUACAACCAUCAGACGAUCACUGUGGUAUCAAACUGCACCUGUCCUGUGUUGAGCUUUCAGACAGACCUGUACGAAGUCAAACUAAGAUCCUCUGCAGCUCUGACCAAAAUUCAAAGCUGCUUUUGAAGUGAGUCUUAUUGGGAAAACAUCUGCGGAGCAAAGCCAGACUUCUCCAUCAUAAAUCUGCAGUGAUUUGAUUUUCACUCCCUCAUGGUUAUGAAGCAGGAUUAGAAUAAAACAUCACAAGAUUCUGAUUAAGAAAUCAAACGACAUGUUGAUAUCCCCCUCCUCUUGUUCAGCUUCUUCUCCUGAAAUGUUGCUCGAAUCACACGAUCACAUUCUUCUUGUUGUGUAACUUCAAAACAACUCAGAAAAUGCUUCUCCGGCGCGAUCUUUGACAUCUUUUCUCCAAAUUCUUGCGCCGCCGCCAACCCACUCGGUCUCCGCUGCCUCUUAGCAAACAGUAUAGCAAUGCAUGAGUAUGGACAGGAAGAAUGCAACAACAGAAGGGAAUUAUGGGAGAAAAGAUCGCAUUGGAGACCAUGAGGAAUGCAGCGGAGAAGUGAAGCAUUUGUUCACAGUGGGAAGGAUGACAAACAGUGGGCGGCUGGUGAUAUAGCUGCAGGGCUCUGACACCCAGGCAGCAGGCUGGAAACACAGUCUAAAGUAAAUGCUCUUUACGUUUUGAUUUAUAAGGAGAAAAUAAGCUAAAUAUGACAUUUGGGUUGACGUUGAUUUGACCUGUUUAGGCCUUGUGGGCUGCAAGGAUGGCUGGCAGCAAGGAAUGCACCAGUGCCCUGCAGAGAGGCCAAUGAAAAGCAGAGCGCCGGUGGCUCCUGGCCGGCGUAAAGAAGCCUACUUGGCAGUAAAGCUGGGAGUCAUGUGCCUCCAUUUAAAUGAGGGGAAGAAAGGAAAGCGAGGAGAAGCCGGGGACGCUGCCAAGCCGAGACACUCGAGGAAUGCAACAGGAGCAGGAGCAGCUCUCGCUCCGCAGUAAUACCAUUACGGUUACUGGUAUCUGAGUCAGGAAAACAGCUCUUCUCGUCUAGUCAGCAUGACUUUUGGCCAGUGUAAACAGAAAACCAUCAGAGGAAAGAAAGCAGACUCUUCAGGGAGAUAUCGACUCUUUUAUUAGGAUCCCCAUCAGAUUAUUCAGCUUUCUUUUUUGCACAGUUGCACACAUUUGUAACGUCAUGCACGGAGCGCCGGGACUCUUGUGUUCAUUGUCGCGUCCUGUCAACGUUUGUGCAGUUGUGUGCAAAGGCGCGAGGCAUGUGGUGUGACUCCUCCAACCCUGGCAGUUAGUUAAUAAACACAGGCCUGUCAACAGCUGCUGGUGAUGUAAUGUGGAACUUCUCCUGACUCCUGAUCCUCCCGCCCCACCCCGCCUCCCUCCCUCCCUCACCCACCCCCUUCUUUCUCCCUCUCUCUUCUAUUUACAAGUCUCUCUGGGUGUUGCUGCAGACUUCCAGCACUGCCAGCUCAGAUAGUGUGUUUAAAGAGUGGAUGUGUGUUUGCGCGUGGCGUCGCACCCCCUCCUGCCUGACUGCAACACUUCCAGGGGAAUUUACGACGGCAUGUUUUCAGCUGCCAUCAAAGGACAUUCCACAUCAUCAGGUUGUCUUCCUGACCAAAACACCUCUGAGGG